CUGGCUGUCAGAAAGCCCGAGACACAGAGAGACACAGAGAGACAGACAGAGAGAGCUGUCAGUAUACGGUAGUAGUUACUAUCCUUCCGAUUGAACACCGUACAUUCAUUUGGCUUGGCGAACAAUCUCACGAAUCAGCGACACAAAAGAGGCGCUGUCACUCUGUCCGAGCCCAGGCCAUGGACGAACAGGCAGGGCCCGGGGUUUUCCUCAACAACAACUCUAUCUUAUCGGGCGGUGGGAAAGGACUGCUACCGGAGGGCGACGCAGCGGAGGCAGCCAGGUCACCGUACAGUAUCCCGGGGAUCCUACACUUCCUGCAACACGAAUGGGCCCGCUUCGACGUGGAGAAGGUGCAAUGGGAGUUGCAACGCGCCGAAUUACAGGCCCAGAUAGCCUUCCUGCAGGGAGAGAGGAAAGGACAGGAGAACCUGAAGAAGGAUCUCGUCAGGAGGAUUAAGAUGCUGGAAUAUGCCCUCAAACAGGAGAGGUCCAAGUACCACAAGUUAAAAUAUGGAACGGAGUUAAACCAAGGAGACGUGAAACCUCCCAGCUAUGACUACGACGAGGUGAUUGAGAAUGAGACUCCUGGGUCCUUGAACAACCAGUUGUCCUGGAAACAAGGCCGUCAGCUCCUCAGACAGUAUCUCCAGGAGGUGGGUUACACAGACACCAUUCUGGAUGUGAAGUCUCGCAGGGUGCAAACCCUGCUGGGUCUGGCCGGAGACGGAGGGGGCCCUGUGGAGAGGACGGCCAACGGAACAGACACGCGCACCAGAGGAGGGAAGACAGAGCAAUCUGAGUCCAGUGUUGUGCAGGAGGCCUUCAGGUUCAUAGAAAGCUCUGCAGCUGACUACAGUGAUGAAGAUGAUGAUGAAGACGGUUCAGGGAAUGACAGGACUAUCAUGGAACAGACAGGACCUACAGGGACGAUAGUGAGGAAGAAGCCAUCAUCUGCCCUGUCCACCAGUAUGGACACAAGUGAGGACCCAGACACUGAGGAUGCACUGAAGGGCUUUGACUUCCUGUCUAGUCCAGAUGAUAUGGACACAUCACCUGAGUCCCGCAGCGCAGGGAACGGGACCAAAUGGGAGGAGGAGCAGCAGACUGCCAUGUCAGGGACCUGGGACAUGGACCAGGGUCUGAUAUCCAAACUCAAAGAGGAGUACAGGAAGGAACGCAAGGGGAAAAAAGUAGGGCAGAGACCUAACCGGUCUAAGCUCCAGGACAUGUUGGCCAACCUGAGGGACCAGGAGGACAUGAAUCCCAGAGAACCCUCCUCUACUUCCCAGUCCCGCUCCAACGCACCCAGGCUCAACGACCACCACCAGGACAACAACACUGAUGAAGUGGAGGUGUUGACGGUCCCUCCUUCCUCUGGGAAGGCCUUUAUCCUGCGUCCUGAUGUGAACAUGGAGGCUGAACUGGGACUGGGAGAGCUGGCUGGUCUUACUGUAUCUAAUGAGGCUGAUAGUCUGGCCUAUGAUAUGUCCAACAACAAGGAUGCCCUGAGGAGGACGUGGAACCCUAAGUUUACCCUACGGAGCCACUUUGACGGGAUCCGAGGUCUGGCGUUCCACCCCGUAGAAGCGGUUCUAGUCACCGCCUCAGAGGACCACACGCUGAAGAUGUGGAACCUGCAGAAGACUUCCCCCGCCAAAAAGAAUGCCUCUGUAGAUGUGGAACCCAUGCACACGUUCAGGGCCCACCAGGGUGCAGUGCUGUGUGUUGUGAUGAGCAGUACAGGAGAGCAGUGUUUCAGUGGAGGGCUGGACGGCACCAUUCAGAGCUGGAACACACCGAACCCUAACCUAGACCCAUACGAUUCAUACGAGCCGUCUGUCCUGCGUGGGGCGCUGUGUGGUCAUACUGACUCGGUGUGGGGUCUGGUGUACAGUGGUGUUCAUCAGAGACUCCUGUCUUGCUCUGGAGACGGCACCGUCAGGUUGUGGGACGCCUCCGAUACCAAGCCUGCCCUGGUCACCUUCCACAGGAAAGAGUUUGGCGUGCCCUCGUCAGUUGACGUGGUCUGCAGUGACCCCGACCACAUGGUGACAUCUUUCACCAGUGGUCAGAUCGGCCUGUUCAACAUGGAGACACAGCAACUGGUGCUCAGCCUGGAGUCUGCUGCGGAGACGGGUACCCCCUGUCAGAUCAACAAGGUGCUGAGUCACCCCACCCUCCCCAUCACCAUCACCGCUGAGGAGGACAGACACAUCAAGUUCUACGACAACAACACGGGGAAGCUGGUCCACUCGAUGGUGGCCCACCUGGAUGCUGUUACCAGUCUAGCUGUCGACCCCAAUGGUCUCUAUCUGAUGUCUGGCAGUCAUGACUGUUCUAUUCGUCUGUGGAACCUGGAGACUAAGACAUGUAUCCAGGAGUUUACAGCUCACAGGAAGAAGAAUGAUGAGUCUAUCCAUGACGUGGCCUUCCACCCCUCUAAGGCCUACAUCGCCUCCGCCGGGGCAGACGCUCUUGCCAAGGUGUUCGUAUGACGAGGACCUAUCACAGUCCACUGACACAGCUUCCCAGCUCCAGGGACCAAUAGAUGUGGGCGUGUGGGGUGCUACGCAGACUUCAUCUCACACAUAUCCCCUCUCACGCUACUGGUUUCCUGUUUUGACUGGUGGAUGGUGCAGCCAAUAGCCUAUACUAAGCCCUAGACUAGGCCCUCCUCCAGAGGGAGAGGGUCAGGGCUGUGGUUGACUGGGAGGUCUGUUAGGAGAACUGCUAUUGGGCACAAGGAUUCCUCCUCCCUCUAUAAUCCAGGCAGGCCCCUGGGUGUGACCGGCCACAGAGACCCUCCUCCUGCAUCCAAUGAACACCCACAAAGACUGACUAUGGUUCAGACUAAUCUUAUGGUCUGUCUGCAGCUAGCGAGGGGGUUGAAGACAGACUGACAGGUGUUUUAUAGUGUAGACUCACUGGAGAAGUGGAGCACCAUGCCCUAUCCCUACCCCCUCCCCCCUAACCCUACCCCCUCUCCCCUAACCCUACCCCCUCUCCAUGUCAACAAGCCCAUUAACCAGAACCCCAGGCCUCUCAUUUAACCAGAACCCCGGGCCUCUCCUUUCCCCAGCACCCCGGGCCUCUCAUUUCCCCAGAACCCCGGCCUCUCAUUUCCCCAGAACCCCGGGCCUCUCAUUUCCCCAGAACCCCGGGCCUCUCAUUUCCCCAGAACCCCGGGCCUCUCCUUUCCCCAGAACCCCGGGCCUCUCAUUUCCCCAAUCUCUAGGCUCAGGCUUCUCCCAUUUAGACCCCUGUCUGCUCCCUGGUCCCUCCUCUCCUUCUCCUCCAAGUCAGGUUCAGAGUUGUGUUGUGAUGGAGAUGUGGGGUACUUACUGAAGACUGGCUAUGGCAUCUCACUAUUCUUUUCUGCUUCUACUCUGCCUGCCUCCAGCCAGCCUUUCUCUCUCUCUGCUUUCCUUUUAAGAACACUUAUUGACAAAUGUGCCUUUGCUUUAAAAAGGUCUUGAAACAGAAGUUAUUUUACAGAACUGUUUUUUUGAGGGAUGUGGAGUUAUUGAGGAAAGGUUUUCACGAUGGUGUCCGUUUUUACAAAACAUUGGGUGUAAAAUUGCAAAUACCUAUAAUAAAUAUAUAUUAAGUCUUAA